AUGGCAGAACUCAUUCGCAAUCCGCAGAAAAUGAAACGAGUACAAGAAGAAUUGGAUGACGUAGUUGGUCUGGAGCCAAAAGUGGAAGGAUACGAUAUAGAUCGGUUGCCGUAUCUAGAUGCGGUGGUGAAAGAAACAUUCCGAUUGCACCCGGCGCUUCCUCUCCUUUUCCCCCACACAGCUGAGAGAGAUUGUGAGAUUGAGGGAUAUAUGAUACGUAAAGACGCUCAGGUGUUCGUGAAUAUGUGGGCAAUAGGAAGGGCCCAUACAAUCUGGAAGGAGCCCUUUGAAUUUAUGCCGGAGAGGUUUUUGGAAGAAAAGAAUAGAGAGAUAGACUACAAGGGACACAAUUUUGAGUUGAUUCCGUUUGGAGCUGGACGAAGACAAUGCGUGGGGUAUCCUUUCGGGAUAUGUAUGGUUCAUCUGGUCUUGGCUUCUUUUCUUCAUUCAUUUGACUGGACACUUCCAACUCGCGAGCAGAUAGACAUGAGGGAUGAGUUUGGACAAAUGUUAAAAAAAGCUGUACAGUUGACUGCGGUCCCCAAACCACGUCAACUAAGGUACCCACACCACGUAUACUAA